UUAUUUGCCUUUGUCAGCUGACGAUUGUUGCGAUCUCCGUGAUCGCUGUAGUUGCGAUCAGAGCCGUUGCGAUGAGCUACCGCGUUUUGGCGUUGCUUCUAAGACAACGCGCAAUCUCUUGGCCCAGCCGCACUAUAUCUCUGCGUUGCUCAAAGGUCAACAACAUCACAAGUCCGCGCUCCGUCUUGUGUGUUCGGUUCCCGGAGAAGCCGUCGCGACGUCUCAUGGCGCCGCUCGGACACUUUAGCAUCUACAGGAGCUUGGCAUCGUCAUCAGAUGAAAGUGAGAAGAAAUUACAGCCAGUGUCGCGCACGGACAAGUGGAAACAUGCCAUCAAGGAGUAUGGCACGACGAUGGUUGUGUUCCACAUCGUCUUAUCGGUGACGUCGCUCGGAAUCUGUUACGUCGUCGUCUCGAGUGGAGUCGACCUCUCAGCCAUUGCAGUCAAGCUUGGCUUCAGCGUUGAUGCCAUCUCCCUCACUCCCAAGAUGGCGGCAGGGGGCGGAACAUUCGUCAUCGCCUAUGCCGUGCACAAACUUUUCACCCCAGUUCGAAUGUUCAUUACACUCUCCGUGGCGCCAAUGUUAGUGCGAUGGCUAAGGCGUUAUGGGAUUCUUGGCUUUCGGUGAUGCUGGCUGCACUUACGGAUACCAACAUCCGAGGCCGGUCCUCGGACCAUUAUAGACUUUGUGGCCGAUCCUAUGCUUGUUCCUAGGAAUGUGAUUAAUCUUAAUAAGCACAAACAUUUAGAUUUUUUUUUUUUUCUUUCUAAAGCCGACCAUGUUGGUUGAGUCCGUUGUGCCGUAGUGCAGGGGCACUCAAGAUUCAGUGGAAUAUUGAUGGUGCAAGUACAGUGCGCUGCAAUAUGAAAGACCCACUGGGAGCGCGUGGCCGAGGCGGUGGCUGGCAGGGGCGCUGCGAGCGCUCCCGCCAGCCACCGCCUUGGCCACGCACUCCCAGUGGGUCCUUCAUAUUGCAGCGCAUUGUACAUGUAUACAAGUGAACCUAUGGAGGACUUGCGUUAAUUUAGUACUGCAUGAGCAAUAGUUUUUCAGUGUCCUGUACAAAUGAAGUGUAUAUCAUAGUGGAAUGUCAUUGAUAAACAAACCUCUAGAGAUUUUUAAUGAAUAAAAGUGUUGACAAUGAAAUCA